GUCAAGCGGGCAGUCAACCCGCAUCUGUCAGCGGUUCUAUUAUUUUGCCUGAAUGACGACAGUCUAUUUUUGAAAAUAAACUAAAUAUAAUGCGAUUUGCAUAAUAAAGCCAUUGAGGUCUGAAUCAAAAAACCGGAUCGCGGGUGCGAUAAAAUGGCUUCGGCAUACGUCCUCUCCUUCAUGUUUAUACUGACGCAGUAUUUGCUGCUGAACUGUGCGUCGGCGGCCGUGCAUAACCACCAGGUGGAUACUCAGGAACGGGAGAACGAUGGCAGCUUCCGAGCGAGAGACUUCGAGCACUACGGAGACUCCGGGCACAAUUCCGAGUUCGACCACGAGGCCAUCUUAGGGAGCGUGAAGGAGGCUGAGGAGUUCGACCAGUUGAGUCCUGAGGAGGCGAAGCGCCGGCUCGGCGAUCUGCUGCUAAAGAUGGAUCUCAAUGGAGACAAGAUGAUUGACCGGCUUGAGCUCAAGCAGUGGAUCUUAAAUUCUUUUCGCAAGUUAUCCCGAGAAGAGGCAGAAGAGAGGAUGAAGGAAGCAGAUGAUAACCGUGACGGAGUAGUGUCUUGGAGUGAAUACUUGUCGGAUGCUUUUGGAGUGGACUCUGAGGAGGAGAUCCUGCCGGAAGACACGGGGGACACUGGCAUGCUAGUGCAAGAGGAGAAGCAGAUGUGGGCGGCGGCGGACGCCAACGGCGACAACACACUGGACAUCGACGAGUUUGAGGUGUUCACGAACCCGGAGGAACACGAGAAGAUGCAUGCGUUCCUUCUCGCGCAGACGAUGAGGGAAAAGGACGGCAAUAAGGACGGCAGCAUAAGCUUCGAGGAGUUCAUUGGUGACCGGGGUGGUCACGACAAGGCGUGGAUGUUGGCGGAGCGCGACAAGUUCGACCACGAGGUCGACGCGGACCGCGACGGGAAACUCAACGCGGACGAGAUUCGCCGCUGGAUCAUACCCGACAACGAAGAAAUCGCACUAGAAGAGGUGGAACACCUCAUGGCUUCAGCCGAUGACAACUCGGACGGACGCCUCACCUUCACAGAGGUGCUCGACCAUUACCAGCAGUUCGUGGGGUCAGAGGCUACGGACUACGGGGACCAUCUCAUGGGAGACCAUUUCGACGAUGAGCUCUAAGCGAGGUAUAUGUACCCAC